AUGGAGGAAUCUUUAUUCACUAAAAGAAACACAUUUUACGAACUUCUAAAGAAAUAUUCAGUGGACACCUAUGCAUCUGCAAAGGUUCCAAUGGGAUUUGGAAACAAUAUCUUUUCUGACCCAUCUGGUGAAGCCAUUGAUCAAAAGAAGUAUAGAGGAAUGAUCAGAUCAAUGUUGCACCUUACUGCAAGUCACCUAAACAUCAUGUUCUCAACAUGCGUAUGUGCUACAUUACAGGCUAAUCGGAAAAUGUCUUGCCUCUUGGAUGUGAAUCAUAUUUUUUGGUAUCUCAAAGGAACAAAGAGCCUCGGAAUUUGGUAUCCUACACAUGAAAGCUUUUUGUUGCAAACUUAUUCAGAUUCUAAAUAUGGUAGCCUACAAAUUGAUCGAAAGAGCGCAUCUGGUGCAUGUCAAUUCCUAGGUGGAAAGUUGAUUCCGAUCUACUGCGGUUCUCAAAGUGUCAUCGUAAUUUCUCAUAAUCUGAUCCAACACUCCAUGACCAAGCAUAUUGAUAUUCAGUACCAUUUUAUUAAAGAUCAUGUUUUAAAUGGUUACAUUGAUCUCAUUUUUGUUCUAGUUGAUGAAGAGAUCGCUGAUGUCUUCACCAUGGCAAUGAAUGAGAGCAAAUUCGAUAGCUUUCUAAAAAAAUGGGAAUGA